AUGAGGCAAGCUGCUAGAAGUCACCCUAAUGUACUUAACCGGAUUGCCGGCAAGCGUGACCUUUUCGCGGGGCCCGAUUACCUCAACCACACCACCCUAACCGCCGUCCAAAACCUCCACCCCCUCCCGCCGGCGGCGGCGGCAACAAUCUCCGGCGACCGAGCCGGGACGCCACCGUCCGCCCUCCGGCAGCACGACGUCAGCACAGACAUCAGCGAGGCCCCGUCCCCUAGCGCGUGGUGCACACGGAAAACCGCCGCCCUGCCCAACACGUGGACCUCCCACAGGGGCUUGUCGGCGGCGAGCGGGGACGAGACCGCGAGGUCCGCGACGUACCCGUUGACGGAGGAGACGGGAUCCGGACGGACGAUGACGUGGCGGCCGAGGUCGACGCGGGUCUGGCGCCAGUGGUGGCGGCCGCGCGUGUCGGUCACGAGGAGGCUGCAGAACCUCGGGUGGGUGAGGAUGGCGGAGUUUUGGAUCUCCGAUUUCAGGGCGGCGGGGUCGAUUGGGUGGUCACAGGCGACGGCGCAGUUGAUGACCUGGUUCGUCAGCGGCUGA